UGACACACAAAAAUAAAUUAAUCAACAAAAAAAAAAAUCGAUGGCGGGGAUACUAGUGAACAGCAUCCUCCUCCCUCCUCAGCCUCCGAUUCUCUUACCGGUUUCUUCAUCUUCUCGAACCAGAUCAAUCCGAAGAACCCUAAUCAUGGUCAAAUCUUCCUCCAAACCUUCCGAGUCACCUGCUUCACUCUCCACCAAACCUGAAGUAGUAUUCACUGCUCCUCCCGGUUUCAAACCUCCGGAGCCGCAACGCUUCGCCGUUAAACCGGGAAAGCUCUUCGACGUUUUGGGUGCUGCCAUCGGACUUCUUUUCCGUUUCGGCACUGGCGUCUUCGUCUCUGGGUACUCUGCUUCCUUCGUUUCCAAGGAUGAGGUUUCGUCUGAUCAGUAUGCGUUUCGUCUCGGCGGGAUUACUGUAAAGGAAAACUCGAAGCUUGGGCCUCGUCCUGAGAAACCCAUUGAGAUUUACGAGUUUGAAGGAUGUCCCUUUUGUCGCAAGGUCAGGGAAAUGGUUGCAGUGUUGGAUCUUGACAUUCUUUACUAUCCUUGUCCAAGAGGGAGUCCUAAUUUUCGCCCCAAGGUUAAUCAGAUGGGUGGCAAACAGCAGUUUCCCUACAUGGUUGAUCCAAAUACUGGAGUGUCCAUGUAUGAAUCAGAUGGAAUCAUCAAGUAUCUGGCCGAGAAAUAUGGAGACGGAACAGUUCCUCUAAGCCUGACACUUGGUCCACUAACGGCUGUAACAGCUGGCUUUGCAAUGAUUGGUCGUAUGGGAAAGGGUAACUUGUACACACCAGCUAAACUACCACCUAAGCCACUCGUAUUCUGGGCAUAUGAGGGUUCUCCGUUUUGCAAGCUUGUACGCGAAGUUCUUGUAGAACUGGAGUUACCACACAUUCAACGCAGUUGUGCUCGUGGUAGCCCCAAGCGGCAUGAAUUGUUCAACAAAGCUGGUCACUUUCAGGUGCCUUACCUGGAAGAUCCAAACACUGGAGUGAAUAUGUUUGAGAGUGCAGAGAUCAUAGAGUAUCUGAAGCAAACUUAUGCUGCUUAAGGUUACUCUAAGAGCAAAUAUAGAUAUAAAUGUGUAAGUAUGUAUAAACAAACUUAUGCUACUUAAUUUAGCUGCUUUCUGUUGCAAUAUAAACUCAACUUAGUUAUAAGUUUAGGGGUUUAACGAUCAAGGAAUUUACUUUUAUAUAAACCAUAUAUAUUGUGACUUAAUCAUACGAUGGAAGGAACUGGAUUGAAUGAGGGAGAUGGUGAAGAAAUGGUCCUAGAGUAUGAUUACAAUGUCCAGCAACGUUGUUACUUGCUAUGGAGACGAAUCAAUGUUUAGUUAACUGCCUUGUAAUCUGUUUGAAAAUCAUUAAGACUACAUGAAAACGUAAAAGAGUCAUUGUUUGGAGUGUAAAUGUGUAAUGAUAAUGGUUUGGUUCUGUGCCAAUUUACGCUUAAAAAGAGAUUUAAUUUUCC